AUGGAAGGGCCUGGAAUGAGCCUCUUUCAAGGUGCUGCAAGCAUUCACAUUAACAAUAGUGUACAAGAUAGACUUGAAGAACAGGAGGAGUUAGAGGACAAAAAACGUUUAAACGAAGAGUUAAAGCACAAUUUACAAAAUGCGUUUGACGAUCUUCAAGAUGAUGAUGAGAACAGUUCUGUUAACAGUAGCGGCAAUUACACGUUGGAUGCAACUCGCGCUAAUGGAGUGCAACACCCAGUUCGAAAUGUCCCACCUACAUAUGUGGAAUCUCUUAAUCAUUUAAAAGAUAUUCAGCAUAAUAUAGAUUUAUCAAAACCAUACUGCGAAACACCGAAAUCUCAUUUACAAUAUAUAAGAAAUCAUGAAGAUGGGAUGGGCAUUCCUUUCAGUCCUUACGGUGCUGGUGAUGGUCAAAACCAUUAUUACCAUCAAGAUUACAGAGCACAUCACAAUGGUAUUACAAAUAUGGAUGCCAGACAGGAGUAUAUGGAUUACGAACAGCUUAAAAUUAUGUAUGAGAGACGAAUUGAAGAAAGCCAACACUAUGCGGCUCAAAUAGAGAAAUUGGACAGUGAAAUUGAAAGCUUACGAGCCAGGCUGCUAGCAGCUAUACAGGAUAAAGAAAAGGCUGAGUUAUCACUACAAGAGGCACGCCAAUUAUUUACAUCAAGUAAGCAUAAAUCUAUAGAGCUGGAACAACAAAUGGCAGCUUUAGCUGAAAAAGUGGCUGAAAGUGAAAAAGGAAAAGAACAAUUAAAGUUGGAGCUCAGGGCCGCAAACAUGGCACUUCAAGAGUCACAAACAAGAUUACAUACUAUGAAGGUGGCACAUUCUCAUGACACUGAUGCUUUGUUCAGAGAACAACAAGAUAGGCAUAGGGAAGAAGUAGACAGACUUCAAAGUGACCUUAUGAAAGCAAAAAACAGACUCGAAGAAAAGGAGAAUGAAAUAAAACUUCUAGAGAAACGUUGUAUGGAAAGAGAUAGGGAGAAGGAAGAAAUACUCAUAGAUAAAGGAGCUACCAUUAAUAGACUGGCUGCGGAGUUACAAGACGCACAGAAGAAACUACUCAACGGAGACUCAACGAGACUUAAAGAGAAGAUACUACAACUGACUACAGAAAGGAAUACGGCUAGGAUGCAGGUUAAAGAAAUGGGGUCAAAAUUAGAAAUCACAGCACACGAACUAUCUCAAUGUAGAAACAAAGUGCUGUCCUGCCAACGGGAAUAUGAAAACUGGAGGACAUCGCUGAGCCAAAUAUUGAAAGACGCGCUCCCAGAUAACAGCUAUAACAUAGGUGAUCCUCCGUCCCCGGGCAAGUUGGCGACACUUAAGGAAGUAUUGAGUCGCAACAAACAACAACUACAAAAACUAAGUACAUUGCAAGAAGAAAUAACGAAGAGGGACAUGAAAAUCGAACAGCAAAGAAAACAAGAAUCAGAGUUAAGAGCUAAGUUAGAAGAAAAAAUGGGUUUGGAAUUACAACUGACGUCACGACUCGCUGUACUACAGAAUAAGAUCGACUUGUUUGAAGCGAACUCAGAUUCAGAUAUAUUACUAAAGUAUAAGGAACAAAACGAACAGCUGAGGAUCGACGCCGACAACUUGAGGGAUGAAAUUAAAAAACUUGAGCUAAAGAACACGGAACUCGAAAUGGAUUAUGAGAAACUUAAGAAUGAAAAGGGCAGUCGCGCGUCGCUCGUACAAGAAGCUAACGUUGAUCUACUGAGAGAACUGGAAAAGAAUAAUAACACGCUCAAAGACACUCUUAGAGAAAACGGGGAGUUGAAGACAUUAUACAUACAGGUGUGCAGCGAAAGAGAUGCAGUAUCAAGGGAAUUGAAAGAAGUACAAACAAAAACACAACGCGAAUUAGAACAUUAUAAGACCGAGGAGAGAGAUUACGUAGGAAGAAUUGAGAAGGAGAAGAGACAAGUGGAGAAACUCACUUCUGACCUUAACAGUACCAAGGAAGAAUUGGACAGAGCGAAUAAGAGGAUAUCAGAACUACAGAAGAUGUUCACCGACAAACAGAAGGAAUUCACUGACAAAUUAAAUAAGUUCUUGGAAGAUGAAAAAACGUCUAUGCGUAAAGAGAUUCAGCCGUGUAUGCAGUGCGAAAAGCAGUUGACACAUAUAAGAAAUCUAGAGGAACAGCUCAGCAAAUGUAACAUUAAAUUGGCUUCCCAAGAAAGUAAUGAGACAUUGAUGAAGGAAUUGAAAGAUAAAGCGGAGUUCUUCCAAAGUUAUAUCAUGGAGAGAUACAAGAAGCUGUGUGAUCUGAGAUCAGUGGCCACUAACACAGACGAAGACAUAGACAGGGAACAAGUCGGUAGCACUGUACAUGAUAAUGAAGAACUUGAUGAUAAGAUGGCGCUAAUGAUGAAAGAGAAAGCUAUAAGAGAUCAAAUAGCCGAGAAAUUCACCUUGGAAAUAAAAACUAUUGAAAUGAACUGCGCCCGCCGUCUCAAGGAAAUGGAAACUGAAAAUCUGAACACCGUGACGAAAUUAAAGGAACUUUUAGAGAGGAAGGCUAAGGAGGUCGACACUAUGAAGGAGUUUAUAUUAUCAGAGAGGUCAAAGGUCACGCAAAUAUUAGAAGCUAAGGAGAACGAAAUAUCAGAAAUAAUUAAGGACCACAAUCAACUGCAGAAACAAUUGAACAACGCUAAAGAUGAGGUCCUAGAAUGGAGGCAUACAGCUGAGAAAUAUUUAAAGAGAUUAAUGAGAUUGGGGUCUGUAGAAGAUCUUCUGAAAAAGGAAAAAGAAGAUUGGAAACAGAAGAACUCAUCAAGCACCAAGGAGUGUCAGUCGUUGAAAAAUAUGGUGGUCGAACUACAGUCUAAUCUGACGCAAGUUGAGGAGAAGUACGCUAAAAUACAAUCCGACCACCAGAUAUUACAGGAGAAAUAUAAAAACGCUAAGAGAACGGUAUUGACUUAUAAGGAUUAUAUGACUAAAAAGGAUACUCACAUAAACAACGAAAUGAACAGGAUACAAGACGAGUACAGGAAAAUAUUUGUUAAACUGCAAAAUCAAAUAAACUAUUACGUAAACUGUAGAGUUCAAGAAGAAAGGAAAAUCAAAGAUAAAGGACAGAUGUCACAAACAAAAGCACCGAUAGAUUACACUGAGAAGAUGAAAGAGUUAUCUGAUGACUUUGCUCGUCUUGCCCGAAGCAACUUCAAGGAAUCUCCCGACAGUCCCAAUUGA